CGUGUUCCCUUACCUUCACUGCAUGCAAUAGAAAACGCUAUUUAAUCUGCUGCAUUCUAGGAGGGAUACAUCAUACCAUUGCUAUAUGGCAUCAAGCUUUUUGUUCUAGGAUGAAAACACAUUGUAAAACCCAGUGAACAUUUUAAAAAUUUGCCUUUGCAGAUCCAGGGAAAAGCAGCUCUAAACAAAAUAAGAAUGAAUAAUAAUAAUACUGACAGAAGAGUUAAAAAAAAUAUCGCAUCGUGUCCCUAUGAUUCCAGAAAGGGAAACAGUGCCCUAAAAAUGCUAAUUCUACUGCGUCUGAAUGUGCACUGUUUUCAUUGUUGACCUGGUCUUCGCAAGCAACGUGCCUGCGCUCCCUGCAUUUCAGGCGCACCUGCAGAGCUUACCCAACAGCUGCAGAGGGCGCUGCAGCACUACAAAUUACUCGUGCGUUACUUCUGAUGCUCUACCCGUAUUUCUUCUCUGGAGGAAAAACUUGAUUUGUUGUUUAGUGUUACAGUUGGAAAGAUUAACGCGGUGGAAUGGAAAAAGAGGGGUUGACUGUUUAUGGAGUUACAGUAAAACACAUAAGCAGAGAUACUUCUACCUUUUAGAGUGGUACACUGUCACCCAGCCAUGCCUGCAGAAGGAAAAAGUGAUAUGGAGAGGAUUGGCCUCUUCAGUGAAAUGAGCUAUGUUACCAUUGGAGAUAAAUAUGUAUCACAUUAUAUGCGCCCUUUUAAUGAAACUGCAAGCAAGAACAGACAGAUGCUAUCUGAGGGGAGCAAAACAAUGUCAGCUCUUCAGGCAGGUUAUUUUGACCCCCAGUUUAAGAGGAUUUUCAGUGGUGAAGCCUACUCAAACCCUGUUCAACUAAGGAGACGUUAUAGAUUGGCAGAAUCAAAGAAAAAUUUGGGCAAAGCUUUCCUUCCCAGUAAUGGAGAUAAAUUGCCAUGUGGACUAGGCAGCUAUUAUGGAACCAUAGGAGGUCCGUUUGCGUACUUCAGUGCACAACUGAAAGCCAGAGAAAGAUACAUUCCUCCUGGAAAGAAUUUUUAUACUAGUCCAGGAAAAAAAGGAACUGGUUUUGGUUAUGCAAAUCUUACCAUAGGUGAGCAAUAUCCACAUGAAGCGGAUGGCUAUGAAUUAGAAAAAAUAAUUGCAAAGAAAGCACGAGAGGAACACAAGCGUUUGGUUAAAGGAGGGCCUUUCCAGACAAAAAUAUACCCCCCGGAGUAUUUUGACAUGAAUCCCUAUUUUAACGACAAACCUUUGCCACCUGUGAAGAAACCACCUCCAGAGAAGCGAAUUGCACCACCUUUCAAACCAAGUUCCCCUGCUAAGAAGUCAGGGGGCAUGAAAGGAGGCACAUUUGAUCCUUAUCCAAGCCAUUCUGCUGACCCUUAUGUAAUCAAAAAAACUAUGGCUGUCUCAUCCAGUAAAGAACGAAAGAUUUUUCAUCCUCCUCCUGGACCAAAAAGCAGACCUGUUACAAGUAUAAUCACUCAAAAUGUCAUAAGAUCAAUAAAUGUAAAGAACUACAAGACUGCAUAUGCUACAUCUUAUUAGGUAAAAAUGGUGAAAUGAAGGGUACACUUCUAAGACUCUUAACAGCACAGCACAGUUGCUAAUCGGCAUUCAGAGCAAAUAAAAGUGGAAUUCAAGUACA